CCACUAACAGAAACGCCUGGAAGAAAAUCACCAUGAUGAAGCUAUUUUUGCAGUCAAAAAUAUCUAGUUGAUUUGCUACCGAUAUAGGCGACUUACUUGUGUAACUUAAGCGCUAUGGUGCUCGCAGAAGGUUGGUUUAUCAAACGCGGAGAGGAUCUAAUUGCCGCCUUGAAGUCCUCAUCCACAAAUGAAAAACAAGACGAGGCUGUUGCCAGCCACAUCCAAUGGAUGGAAACAAACGAUUCCACAAAUAUUCCAGAGUUUGAUUCGAAUCUGGAGUGGUUGAACUGCACUAACCCUCUAUCAUUCAAAGACCAACUUCAAGGGAAAUUGUGCGUUUUGGAUUUCUUUACGUACUGCUGCAUUAACUGUAUGCAUAUUUUACCCGAUCUGGAAGCGUUGGAACAUCUUUACUCUGAGAAAGAUGGUCUUGUGAUACUCGGGGUUCACUCCGCGAAAUUCGAGAACGAAAGAUCUUCUACGAACAUUCUAAGCGCUAUAUUACGGUAUGAUAUCAGGCAUGCCGUUGUAAAUGAUUCCGAGGCAAAGUUAUGGCACACCUUGUCGGUUCAGUGUUGGCCAACUUUAGUUAUUGUGAGUCCUGAGGGAAGAAUCCUUCUUAGUUUGGUGGGGGAAGGACACAGGGAAACACUGUUGCAGUUUGUGGGAUCAGCGUUGAAAUUUUACAAGCAGAAAGGAAAAGUGAAAGGCCAUUCAAUUGGUGUCUCUCUGGUCAAAGACUCCCUACCCCUGACAAGUCUGUCAUUUCCUGGAAAAAUAUCUAUGGACAAGAGAGGGGAAAGAUUGGUAGUGGCUGACACAGGGCACCAUAGAAUCCUUGUAAUAAACAAAGAUGGAAUCAUUUUGAAUUCUAUUGGUGGAGGGGAAAAACAUGAAGCUGGAUUUGUGGAUGGCUCAUUUCAAGAAGCAAGGUUUCAUUCACCUCAAGGAGUAACCUUUGACAAGGAAAUUAUUUUUGUUGCUGAUACUGAGAAUCAUGCUAUCAGACAGAUUAAUCUGGAGAAAGGGACAGUCGCUACAGUUGCUGGCAAUGGUAAGCAAGGAAGUGACAAGGAAGGAGGAAGCAAUGGAACAUCACAAAGCAUCAGUUCACCAUGGGAUGUUACUGUGGGUCCUCCACCUGCAGGACGUCAAACUGCAGAGGAUGAUGGUGUUAGAGAUGUUCUGUACAUUGCCAUGGCUGGCACGCAUCAAAUCUGGGCAUUAUAUUUAAAGGAUAGCACGUGGCUCAAAGGAGGUUCGAAGGUGCAAGGGACAUGCCUCCGUUUUGCUGGCAGUGGUGCAGAAGAAAAUCGCAAUAACAGUUACCCACACAAGGCUUCCUUUGCACAACCAUCGGGCAUCAGUCUUGCACUGGAAAAACCUUUCAGGUGCCUGUUUGUGGCAGACAGUGAGAGCAGCAGUGUGCGGAUGGUUGAUGUGGGCAGUGGUGGUACAAAGGCUUUGGUAGGAGCAGACAGAGACCCAACAAAUCUGUUUGCGUUUGGUGAUCAAGAUGGUAAAGGUGUUGAUGUUAAGCUGCAGCAUCCUUUAGGAGUGGCCUGGAAUCCACAUUCGCAGAUGUUAUACAUGGCAGAUUCGUAUAACCACAAGAUUAAAGUCAUCGACCCUUUAAAGAAGACCUGUGAAACAUUUCUGGGCACUGGUAAACCCGGAUUAUCAUCUGGAGGAGACAGCGUACAAUUUGAUGAACCGGGUGGACUGUGUGUCAGCCCGGACGGACAGUUCUUAUACGUGGCAGACACUAACAACCACGCCAUUCGAGUAAUUGACUUAAAAACGAAAACAGUAUCACAGCUAAAUAUCGUGGAACACACUCAAAUUUCGAAGGAUCGAUCGAACGGCCAAUCAAAUGAAAAGCGCACUGUGGCAAAACGGUUAACUUCGAAAAGAACGCCAGCUACGUGUAAAGAACCAGUUCACGUGGCCCGUGGGUCGUGCCUGGACGUAAGACUUAGCAUAAGUCUCCCCGCGGGAUGUUACUUGACAAACGGUGUGACCAGUGAUUGGCAGGUCGUGGUGUUUGAGCGACAAGAAGACAAAGACGUUUUCCAGGAGCGUUUUGAAGUGGAGUCCUCAUCUGGUGUUCUAACUGAAGAAUCCCUUUGUGCUGUCUGCAAGAUCCGACUGCCAGAUGACAACUGGCAACCACAAACCGUCGCGCUGAUUGAGGCAGUGAUUUAUUUCUGUGAGCCGAGCGGGACAUGCAGAAUGGAGGAACUUGUCUACGAAGUUCCGUUGCUCAAAACAGACGGAGAGGGAGAGAGUUCACUUCAGAUAAACCACAACUGCAAACUAUAAAAUGAAUUACAUUUAUUAGGGCCUGAUAGUAAAGCAUCUAAAGAAAAAAGCAACAAAAGCAGCGUCAAUUAUCUUACUAUUAUUUGUACGUUUUGAAUGAUGUCUGAGUUAGUUUAAUUCAUCUGUAAGAGUGCUGACAGCUAAAAGACGUCGUAGGUGACCUAGUACAUAUAGAUCAGAUCUUUCUUCAUAGAGGAUAGUUUCUUUCGACGAAAUACAGUCACUUUACGUACUGGGAUGUCAUGAAGGGGUACUAUCAUGACCUUAAAAUAUUAAUGCCCGAAAGACAUAUCUAUGCAUCAGUCAAUUUCAGCAGUGCCCAUCUUCCC